CGUUUUACUUUUCCCCCUAUUUCGUUCUGUAGAAUUUUUCAGUAGUUCUUCUUCGUCAACGUUCGACUUUGCUCCUUCCACGACAUUACCUUCUUGUUCUGUUGGAUCGGAAGUUACGACAUUUUUUUCUGAAGCAACAACGGGAGCUCGCUUGCUGUGAAGGUAACUUCCUCCCUGUCGCGCGCUUCUUCGGCCAAAUCCCGUAAAUCCGCCGAAUCAAAGGAUUUCCUAAAUCCGGGAUUUACCACGAAAAGAGGGAAUUUUCUGUCAACCGCGGCUUUGAUUUACCAUGACGGCGAUUUCGGGCUAUUCUUCUUCUUAGCCGGCCUUCACGUGUAGUUUCUCGCCGGAUUUAAGAUUUGUUCACUUUGAGCUUGGUGGAUAUGGGUGGAACUGAUUUUGAAGAUGUUAUGAAGGCAAGUCUUGAUAUGAAAGGGUUGCAUCUUGCUCAGCAAAGUGAAAGCCAGGAUAUUGUGAAUAUGGCUUGUUCAGUGGAAGAAAAUAGUGAUAAGAAGCCUUUAUGUUGCCCUGAUAAGGGCAAGAAUUCUAACUCUCAUCUGCAAGAGGAUGAAGAGGUGCUAGCAGACCAUUCAACUGUUGAUGAAGUGCCAGGGUCUACAAAGAAGAAGAAGAGAAACAAAUCAAAGAAAAAGAAAGAGCCACUUGAGCAGACUAAUUUGUCAUUAUUUCAAUCCCUUCAGCAAACUGAUCCACCAUCAAUUCCUGUUGAUGAAUUAUUUUCAUCUGGGGAAUUUCCUGUGGGUGAAAUCCAGCAGUACAAGAAUGACAAUCUGUGGAGGUCAACUUCUGAAGAGAAAAGGGAGCUUGAGCGCUUAGAAAAGCCUAUGUAUAAUGCUGUUCGUCGAGCCGCUGAAGUUCAUAGACAGGUUAGAAAUUAUAUCCGGAGCAUCCUGAAGCCAGGAAUCUUGAUGUUUGAACUCUGUGAAACCUUGGAAAAUAUGGUUCGAAAACUGAUUAAAGAGAGCGGACUUCAAUCAGGAAUUGCCUUUCCUACAGGGUGUUCUUUGAAUUGGGUUGCAGCUCAUUGGACUCCUAAUUCUGGUGAUAAAACUGUACUUCAGUAUGAUGAUGUGAUGAAGUUGGAUUUUGGAACACAAGUUGAUGGACAUAUAGUUGACUGUGCAUUUACAGUUGCAUUUAAUCCCAUGUUUCAUCCAUUGCUUGAAGCUUCAAGGGAAGCCACAAACACUGGGAUCAGGGAAUCUGGAAUAGAUGUACGACUCUCUGACGUUGGUGCUGCAAUCCAAGAAGUUAUGGAAUCCUACGAAGUUGAAAUCAAUGGAAAAGUGUUCCAAGUUAAAAGCAUCAGAAAUUUGAAUGGCCAUAGUAUUGGACCUUACCAAAUUCAUGCUGGCAAGUCUGUUCCUAUCGUAAAAGGUGGGGAGCAAACAAAGAUGGAGGAGGGUGAAUUUUAUGCUAUUGAAACUUUUGGCUCAACAGGCAAAGGAUUUGUGAGAGAAGAUCUUGAAUGCAGCCAUUACAUGAAAAAUUUUGACGUUGGACAUAUACCACUAAGGUUACCUAGGGCAAAGCAACUACUUGCUACCAUAAAUAAGCAUUUUUCAACCCUGGCAUUUUGCCGGCGUUACCUGGACCGCCUCGGGGAGGCAAAAUACUUGAUGGCUCUGAAGAAUUUGUGUGACGCUGGUAUUGUUCAGCCUUACCCUCCCUUGUGUGAUGUGAAGGGAAGCUAUGUGGCACAAUUCGAGCACACAAUAUUGCUUCGACCUACCUGUAAAGAGGUCAUAUCCAGAGGAGAAGACUAUUGAUGAUGUAGAUGAUCUUUGCUUGAGCUGUUUUACGGCUUAUUUUUUAUUUCUUGAUCAUGUGGUCAGUUGGAGUUCUAUUUUCUGGAUGUAUGUUCUUGCAAAUGUUACUGAUGAGUUGCUUGUGGAAAAACGGGAUCAGACCAGUUAUUGUGUUUGGAUCACAAGUGUGAUUAUUAUUGUACAGGAAUACUUGAAUUUUAACUUAUUUAAGUUUGCUAAUAACUUUAAUGAUAGACUGAUUUCGUAUAU